AUGCUUUCUCAACCAGCUUUUCGAGUGCAGCUAUCUGCCUCAAUCUCUCUGUACUUAAAUGGCACACGUCGUCUCUUCUCUACGACUUCUGCGGCCUUGAACGGCCAAAACAUCCCCAUCCCCAAUUCGGCCUCAACUCCGAUCAAUCCGCGAUGGCUCACAAUGACCAAGCGAAGGAUUGGGAAAUGCAUGAUGUUUGGGAUGAAGCCAACUCAGAUUGACGAAGGUGGCAAGAUUUUGCAGCAAUUGGCCAAUGAAUGGCGGGAACUGCUCGCUGGAAGUGAGGGAUUCCUCACGGAUAAGAAACGGCGCAGUCACGUCAACAAUGUUACCUAUGUUCGAUACGCCGAAACAGCUCGUGUGAACUGGACGCGCAAUAUCGGCAACCAUAUCGAUACCGCAAAUAAGAAAGAAUGGAUAAACAUGCUUAGUAACACGGGAAUCGGGCUCAUCCUGAAGAGUAUCAAGGUGGACUACAAAUUUCCCAUGGAAUCUCCAGACAAAAUCACUGUCUAUCAAAAGUUGAUUCCAGACCCUUCUAGGCAUCUUUCAGCCCAAUCGGCAUUCCGACUCGAAGUCAUGAUCUUGUCUGAAGCUCACCAACGCCCUGCUGCUCGUUGCUUCGAGGAUAUCGUCAUCUAUGAUUACAAGAAGAACCGCAAGACUGUCAAUAUCCCGCCCUUUGUCAUGGAGCAAUUUGAGACCAUGUGGAAGCAGCAGGAGCAGGAGGAGGUGAACUGGAGGCAGCGGAUUGCUGAUAUUGAAAAUCGGGUCCGGAAUCUUGAGCUUGAAAGCUGGGAUCGGACUGAUGCUGUGGAGGACAAUGGGUCUGUGUCACAGUAA